AUGUGGCGGAUGAAGAUGGUUCUGGUGGCCGGCGCUCUGGCGGCGGUGCUUGUGGGGUGCGGCCGGGAGCCCGAACUCACCCGCGCGGACGCAAUCCGUGCGGCGACCGCCACGGUGUCGACUGACCGGAUUCGGUCGGCGGACGCCGAGCCCGGCAACUGGCUCGCGCAUGGUCGCACCUACGAUGAGCAGCGGCACAGUCCCCUUACCCGUAUCAACGACGAGAACGUGGACGGUCUGGGCCUCGCCUGCGGCACCUGGAGCAGGGUGUACGCCAACGACGGCCGCACCGGAGAACUCAUCUGGCAAUACGAUCCGAAGGUGCCGAAGGAAUGGGGAAAGUACGCCUGCUGCGAUGUGGUGAACCGGGGCGUCGCGGUGUGGAAGGGGCGCGUCUUUGUCGGGACGCUCGAUGGACGGCUGGUGGCACUGGAUGCGGGCACGGGGGAGGUGGUCUGGGAAGUCCUGACCAUCGAUCCGGAGCGGCCGUAUACCAUCACCGGCGCGCCCAGGGUCGUCAAGGGCCUCGUUGUCAUCGGCAACGGCGGCGCCGAAUACGGCGUGCGUGGCUACAUCACCGCGUACGACUGGGAGACCGGCGAGCAGAAGUGGCGUUUCUGGACAGUUCCCGGGGACCCGUCGAAACCGUUCGAAAGCAAGGCCAUGGAGAUGGCGGUGCCCACGUGGAACGGCGAGUGGUGGAUAGUCGGAGGCGGCGGCACGGUUUGGGACUCGAUGGCGUUCGACCCCGAACUCAACCUGCUCUACAUAGGCGUCGGCAACGGCACGCCCUGGAAUCGGGACAUCCGCAGUCCCGGCGGCGGCGACAACCUGUACCUCUCCUCCAUCGUCGCGAUCAACCCGGACGACGGCACCAUGGCGUGGCACUACCAGACCACGCCCGGCGAGACUUGGGACUACACCGCCACACAGCACAUGAUUCUGGCCGAUAUCGAGAUCGACGGCGCCUUGCGCAAGGUCAUCAUGCAGGCGCCGAAAAACGGCUUUUUCUAUGUGCUUGAUCGCACCGACGGCACCUUCAUAUCGGCGCAGGCGUACGUUCCCGUAAACUGGGCGAGCCACAUCGAUCCCGCAUCGGGCAGGCCGGUGGAAAGCCCAGGUGCCCGAUACGAGGACGCCAUCCAACUCAUCUUUCCGUCCGUCCACGGCGGCCAUAACUGGCACCCGAUGGCGUAUAACCCGGACACCGGCUAUGUCUACAUCCCCGCGCUGGACAUGGCCUUCCCCUACGGACAAGACGCCGACUUCGAGUACAGGCCGGGCGCGUUCAAUACCGGCAUCGAUAUCGUCCCGUUGCUGCCGCCGAAGACCGUCGAUGGCCAGGUCCAGGUGCUGCAGAGCAUGAAGGGCCAUCUCGCCGCGUGGGAUCCCGUUGCGCAGAAGGAGGGUCGGUCCGACGGCUACUUCGCCGCCUAUGCCGCAGACUCCGGCGCACUGUUGUGGGAAACCCCGGUGUAUAUGGGCAUCAUCGCCGCGCCAGUCGCUUACACCAUAGAUGGCGAACAAUACAUCGCGGUGGUCGCGGGCUGGGGCGGCUCCUUCACCGUGUUUUCCGGCGUGCCCCGGCACAAGGGCAACGUGCUGACCGAAGGGCGCAUCCUGGCAUUCAAGCUGGGCGGCACCGCCGAGUUGCCGCGGCCCGCCGUCACCCACGUGAACAUCCCCGAACCUCCCGCCAUCGAUGCGACGCCCGAGGUGGUCGCGCGCGGCGAACUCCUCUAUCACACAUGGUGCUCUGGUUGCCACGGUUCCGGCGUGACGUCCGGCAGCUCGCUGCCGGAUCUCAAGUACCUGUCCGCCGACGCCCACGCGAGUUGGGACCUGAUCGUGCGCGAGGGCGUCUACGCAUCCGUCGGCAUGCCGGGCUUCGACCAUGUGUUGAGCGAAGCGGAUUCCCAGGCGGUGCAAGCGUAUGUAGUAAACCAGACCCGGGGCGCCAUCGCGUUCUGCGAGUCGGAGUAUCCCGAUGUUUACCCGGAACUGUUCGGCACGGCGUGCACGAAGCGGGUCGUUGCACAGGAGUCGUCGGCUGCCGAGGUGACCCCGAGCGGGCGAUAA